UCGUCCAGUAGGGGGCGGUAAUGAGCUCUCUAGACGGAUAACCAGCCGCCAUUACAGACCGUGAAGAAAAACACAGCUGAAGCGAAGCUAACAUGUCUGGAAGCUAACUUGGUAAACACAACAACAAACAGGUCUUCUCUGCUUGGUGUCAAACGAUGAACCUGUCAGGAUGGGACAGACUCUGUGCAUCUGCUCCCGCGGCUCCAUCACCAUCGAUAACAAGAGAUAUUACUUUGUUCAGAAACUGGACGAAGGCGGCUUCAGUUAUGUUGAUUUGGUAGAGGGGGUGAAAGAUGGGCACUUUUAUGCCCUCAAGAGGAUCCUGUGCCACGACCGUGAAGGCCGUCAGGAGGCGCAGACAGAGAUGGAGAUGCAUCAGAUGUUCAGUCACCCCAACAUCUUGAGCCUGGUUGCUUGCACCUUUGUUGAUCGGGGAGGCAAGAGUGAAGCCUGGCUGCUCCUGCCUUAUAUCAGAAAAGGAAGCCUGUGGUCUGUUUUGGAGAAGCUGAGAGAUAAGGGGAACAGGAUGCCUGAAAAACUGAUUUUGCAAAUCCUGCGUGGAAUCUGCUCCGGACUCAAGGCCAUUCAUGAACACGGCUACGCUCACAGAGAUCUGAAGCCCACAAACGUGCUGCUGGAUGAGGACGACAGGCCGGUUCUGAUGGACCUGGGCUCCAUGAACCGUGCCAGGAUUGAGGUGAGAGGAAGCAGAGAAGCUAUGACUAUACAGGACUGGGCGGCCCAGAGGUGCACCAUCUCCUACAGAGCUCCUGAGCUCUUCAAUGUGGAGAGUCACUGUAUCAUAGACGAGCGCACAGACAUCUGGUCACUCGGCUGUGUGCUCUACUGCAUGAUGAUGUUGGAGGGACCGUACGACAUGGUGUUCCAGAAAGGGGACAGUGUUGCUCUGGCUGUGCAGAACCCAGUCACCAUUCCUCAGUCAUGCAGUUACUCGGAGGGCCUGCAGAUGCUGCUCAGCUCCAUCAUGGUGUCCAAUCCUCAGGAGAGACCAAACAUCCACUGGGUCCUUGACCAGGUACAGGACCUGCAGAGUCGCAGCCCCAACACCCAAACCAACAUGGUCUGAUCUUGCACGGUGGCUGGACGUGGGCUCUUGGAAACCUUUGCACACAUAUCGACACCUGUUCUUCUUUUAGCUUGAACUCUCUUCUUGUAUUUAUUGAUCUUAAUGUUAUUGCCUUUAAUCAGUUUCAGGAGCUUUGUAACGGUGAACGGUUUAAAUCUAAAUAAUCCUCACGGCCUGCUCAUCACGUUGGACUUGUGUAGUCCUCACAGACUCAGUAACUAAUAUAAAGAAAGAAAAGCCUUACCUUUAAUUUGAGCGUGAAAUAUAACAACACGGCGAGGUCCGAUGGAGUCAAACAUUUGGAACGAGCUCUGUAAGUUAGAUAAACUCACAUUACUGUCUGUUCAACAUGCAGCAGCUCCUCGUGCUAAGCUAACCUUGGGGAAGAAGUGUGUUUCUACCAUGUAUAUAAUAUUUAGCAUCUUUAAUAGACGCAGGAGUAACUGUGAAGCUUUGUUAAACUUUGUUCAAGUGACCUGAGUUCACCACAUAUCAGAUUACAUUCCCACCAAGAACUCAUGCUUUAAAGUUCCUUUCUUUUCUAUCUGAUAUAUUCCUGACUUUUCUUUGUACCUUCACACCUGGACUGUGAUCACCUGAGGGAGACUACACCUGCAGCUCUUCUUCUUCACCUUCACUCGGUCUGUCUGUUUCUCACCCGUCUGUAAUGCUGCGUCUGAACACACAGAGGCGCUGCAGCCUCACAGUCUCCUGCUCCUCAUGGACCGGUUGAUCUCCAUGAGUGACUGAGCUCUUAUUAAACACACACACACACACACACACACACACACACACACACCUACACACACACACACACACACCUACACACACCUCUUUAGUGAUGUCAGGUGUUCUCCUCAGAAAACUUGAUUUGAAGGAUUUUAAUGGAGCCAUGGUCACGUCUCACCCUGCAAUUUCAUCUUUGACCUGUUUCAUGUUUUGAUCAGUCUUCACGCUCGCCACUGUUCGUGUGUUAGAUUCUGAGCUUGCUGUCCAGCGUUAAUGUGGCCUCACGCUUCAGUCCUCUCAGGGUUCUCCUGCAUCUCGACAUGUGGAGCGCUGUAGACUCACACGGUACCACUUCAACUCAAACUGGAUCCGAUGACACUUUGGGCAUUUCAGUGAUGUAGAUGAAGAUGUCUGUCUUCAUGCUCUGUGAUGUGGAGAACUGAAUCGAGCGGAUAAAUCUUGAAAGUAAACGUGUUCAGUAAACUGUUUGAUUGACUUCAUGUUUGAAAUGUGACAUUUUGAUGCUUCAGCUUCGCCCUCUUCAGAUGAACUGUGACGUAGAGGAGAAUAUUAGUGACGCAGCUAAACUCAGUGUUCUGGUGAAGUUCACACAUAUGAAGUCAGUUAAAGGGACAUUCUGCUUAAUGAUGUUUCCCCUGUCCGUCAGUGCACACAUGUAGCACUCUGUGUACAGUUUUUAUUGUCAUCCUGAAAUAAAGAGGCGACCUACGUUAUAGAGAA